UAGAGAUGCUAGCCGUCUAAAUAAUAACAAAAACAUUCAAAAACAGUGAUCCGGUUCCGGCGGCCUUUUUGUGCGUAUUCCGUUGGUUUUUGUUUAAAAAAAUAAGUGCCCUGCAAUGGAAGAACUGGAAGGAUCCGAACUUGGCACCAAAGAGUACUGGGAAUCGAGCUACGAAACCGAGAUUCGUAACUACCAGGACCACGGAGAUGUGGGGGAGGUUUGGUUCGACGAGGACAGUCAGCUGAGGAUUAUUCGGUGGAUCCAGCGGCAGGAAAGCCGAAUCGGAACCGAUGAUGGCAUCAUUGAUUUAGGUUGUGGCAACGGAAUGAUGUUGGUUGAACUGGCUCGGGAAGGAUAUAAUAAUCUAACCGGGGUGGAUUACUCUCCUAAAGCGAUCCAACUGGCUGAAACAAUUUGUCAGGAUCAAAAGUUGAAGAUCAGUUACAGGGCGGUGGAUCUCUUGAACCCUCAGGAUGUAGCCUUACUUGGGCAAUUUAAGCUCGUCCACGACAAAGGAACCUACGAUGCGAUAAGUUUACAUCCAGAUGACCCGAAAUCCAAGCGGGCCGCUUACAUCGAUGGAGUAAGUACAUUACUGAGGGAUGAUGGACUGUUUGUGAUAACUUCAUGUAAUUGGACGCAAAAUGAGUUGAUUUCCAGCUUUACUGAGGGUUUUGAGCUGGACAGUGUUAUUCCAACGCCAACAUUUAAAUUUGGGGGUACAGUAGGCAAUGUGGUCACUUCAGUAGUCUUUAGGAAAAAGUUAAAACAAUAGAGUUAAUUAUUUGAA